UGCAGCGCCAAUUCGAAUUUACAGGUAUACAUUUAUUUGAUCGCGGACUGUAGACAGGAUAAGACUUGUUCCUGCUGAUCCAAGUGGCUUAAGUGUGUUUUGUUAAGUUACAUUUGUUUUUCGGUGAUUUUUAGAAGACUGAUUGUGAAUAGCGACCAUGGGGAAACUCUAUUUGGACGUACAAUUUGUUGACAAACAAAUGAGGUGGGACCGUAAGCUAAUAAACCUGGUAAAAAAAUAUCCGGCAUUAUACGAUAAAAGGCACAAGGAUUACGGCGACCAAAACGUGAAGGAUGACAUUUGGCGCGAGAUUGAGAAAAAAUUGGAACCUUCAGACAAAGAUCUGAAGGACAGAUUUGACGAACUGAUUGCAAAGUAUCAUGAAGUUAAGAUCGACAUCUGCAAUAAUACACCAAUUUCUCGUAUUUGGCCCCUUUUUGAAUACAUGAAAUACUUUGAACCAUACGACCUGGGUUACAAGAAGUCUGUGACAAAGAAGGAUGAAGGAGUAGUUUGUUUUUUAAAGAAAUUUCUUAAAACAAUUCACGAACUGAAGAUUCAAUGAAGACAACACUUGGUAUUGAAGAAUGGAAUAAAAUUUUUUAAUUGGAACUUGCUUCCUAUAUGUAUAUACAUGUGAUAUGAAAGUGUCUUAAAGUACUUCCAUAAUUUUAAUGGAAAAUAUUUGAUCUAUUGUGGUGCUAUUGCACUUAUGUAAUACAGGACCUAUUUACAGCCUGUACAAAGAAGAAUGUAAACAUUUUGCUCAAUUAUGGUGCUCUACUUAAAAACUAUUCGACCUAAUAACGAAAUGUAGAAAUAAGUUUAUAAAAAAUAUGUUAAUAAAAUUUAAGAGACCUG